GUACUAUGAAACCGGCAGUAUUAAGCCCGGAGUUAUCGGUGGCUCCAAACCAAAGGUGGCGACUCCGAAAGUGGUGGAUAAAAUUGCAGAGUACAAACGCCAGAAUCCCACCAUGUUUGCUUGGGAGAUAAGAGACCGACUACUUGCUGAGGGCGUCUGCGACAACGACACGGUCCCCAGUGUUUCAUCCAUCAACAGGAUUAUCCGCACCAAAGUCCAGCAGCAGUUUCACCCGUCCCCCGACGGAUCCGUCACACCGCUCUCCACGCCUGGCCAUACCAUAGUGCCCAGCACGGCCUCCCCUCCUGUGACCAGUGCCUCAAACAAUCCCGUUGGAUCCUACUCCAUCAACGGCAUCCUGGGUAUCCCCCGCUCCAAUGGCGAAAAGAGGAAACGGGAUGAUGUUCUCUGGAGUGGCAACCACUUGGAUGGAAGGAAAAUAGGACAUUAUGGCUCUGAUGGCUCGGGCCCGGGUAGCGACUCUCAGGGCAGUGUGGAGAGUUUAAGGAAGCACCUGCGGGCAGACGCCUUCACCCAGCAACAACUGGAGGCCCUGGACCGGGUGUUUGAAAGGCCUUCUUACCCUGAUGUCUUCCCCACAUCAGAACACAUUAAACCCGAACAGGCGAACGAGUACUCUCUCCCAUCACUGAAUACCGGCCUGGAAGACGUGAAGCCGAGCCUCUCCACCAGUGCCAGCUCGGACCUCGCUUCCAGUGUCCCACAGAGCUACUCUGUUGUGACAGACUCUCAUCCGUCAUAUCAGCCUUCCAUGUGUGUAAAGCGGGAGCCCCAUGAGGCAUCCUUUGCCCCCUUCACCCCCUCCUCUGUUGGGGAUUCUGCUCUAGCUGACAUCUUGCCCCACCAGUCCUGCCUCUCUGUAGAUGCCUCUGCUCCCAGCUUCCUUCCCCAUGCCCACGGCCCCUGCUACAGCCAGUAUGCCAGCCAGCCUUUUAUAGCAGGUCGAGACAUGGCCAGCACCACCUUACCUGGUUACCCACCUCAUGUCCCCCCCACAGGACAAGGCAGCUACCCCACCUCCACACUCGCUGGAAUGGUUCCUGGAGGAGACUUUUCUGGAAACCCUUAUUCUCAUCCACAAUACACAACCUACAAUGAAGCUUGGCGGUUCAGUAAUCCAGCAUUACUAAGUUCCCCUUAUUAUUAUAGUGCCGCAUCCCGUGGCUCCGCACCUCCCACUGCUGCCACUGCCUACGACCGCCACUAGUUACCCCGGAGACCAGCUCAAAAUGCAGAACCAGAGCUUCGGCCUCCAUAUUGUCCCUGUCUGAGAAACACACUGACGUCAAAAAGGGAAGCGAGUUGGACUUCCAAAUGAUCCUCCCCCCAUCCCCUCCCCUCACCGUCAUCUUAUGUGAUAUGGAGGAAAGGAUGGGCGAGACUGGAGACUGAUGCGUCCAGCUUCAGCGCACCACAUUUUGGGUCAGAGGGAUACCCAAUGGCAUUCGGAGGCUCACCUAUCAAGUUCCUCGUUCUCUCGUAGGCCUGAACUUUUCCAGAAUGACUUUAAGAGAUUCUAUAAAUAUAUAUAUUAUAAGAUAUAAAUUGGAGAAAAACCUGUGUGAAGAACAUCGUGGAAAUAAAAUGUUGUGGGUUUUUAUUUUUAUUUUUAUUUUUUGUUCCUUUGUUGCUGUUGUUGCUGUUGUUGUUUUCAUUCACGGGAUCUUCACAUUCCUUUAUGUAACGAGCCGCAGUAUUUUUUCUGCUCUAAAGAGAAAAGUCCAGGGGAGAUUAUUGCGGUCCCACAGCUCGAUAAAAUAGCGACUCGAGGCAGUGUUUUGGGUCCGCCUCUAACACUUAAAGAGAUGAUGGCUUCACACUGUAGCACAAGCCUUCCUGUCAGAUGCUUUGACAACUUCUCCUGUCCAUCAGCUAGAGCACCCUUCAGUGUUUAUUAACCCUUCAUACCAGGAGCAGCAGCACAUGUGUGGCAACCAAUCAGAUGUAAAAAUGUAAAUCAUUUUGCAAAGUAUUAAAAUGUGGCAACCAUUAAAUUUAAAGGGUUUUGCUAGAAUUUGAAAUAUGUCAAGUAUUGUUUUUUUUUUUUUUUUUUU